GGCCCCGCCUCCGCGCCGCGUUUGAAGUCCGGCUGCCGCGCUCAGCUGCGGACCCCGGGCUUCCUCCCGCGUUUGGGAGCGUCGGAGAGAAGCCGCCGGAGACUCGCAGGCCGCGCCCGGCCCAGAAACGGACAGAGAAAGCCGACAAGGCCGGGGGUGCCUCCCGCUCCGAGCUCCGGAACGCGCGCUGGGACCAUAUCAUUUGCCAGUGAACUUCUGUUGCUGCAAAAUUUUCUGCUAAAAUUCAAGGUAAUGUUUAUCAACUUGCUAAACAGAAAGGCAUUGCCAAAGUAAUCGAUAGAAAGAUCACAUGGUGUAGGAAUUGUUCUUGCCUUCUGAACCAAUGAAUAGAAAGUGGGAAGAAAAACUGAAGCAGAUUGAGGAGCGAGCAUCUCAUUACAAGAGGAAACCACUGUGCUCAGUGUAUAGACCAAGCCUGUCCAGGCCAGAGCAACCACCCUCCAUUUGGAAGCUAUUUCGUCGUCAAACUGAAGCUUUUAAUUUCGUUAAAAGCUGUAAACAGGAUGUUCAUGUAUUUGCUUUGGAAUACAAAAUGGGAGAUGGACAACGUAUUUAUCUUGUAACAACCUAUGCUCAGCUUUGGUUUUACUAUAAAUCCCGAAAAAAUCUCUUGCACUGCUAUGAAGUUAUUCCUGAAAAUGCUGUGUGCAAGCUUUAUUUUGAUUUGGAAUUUAACAAACCUGCCAAUCCAGGAGCUGACGGGAAAAAGAUGGUUGCAUUACUCAUUGAGCAUGUCUGUAGAGCACUUCAGGACUUAUAUAGUGUAAGGUGCUCAGCUGAAGAUGUUUUCAACUUGGAUUCUAGCACUGAUGAAAAAUUUAGCCGCCAUCUGAUAUUUCAGCUCCAUGACGUGGCAUUUAAAGAUAACAUCCAUGUUGGUAAUUUUGUGAGAACAAUUUUGCAGCCUGCUCUUCAGUUAAUUGCCAGUGAAGAUGAUGAUAGCAUUUCAGAGACAGUGGACCAGGGAUUUUCCCACUUUUCUGAAGCACCAACAAAACAAGGGGCUUCAUAUAACAAAAUGUCCCCAGAUAAGGACACAGGAGAGAGCUGGACACUGAAUUCAGAGAAGCCGAGGCGGCUGGGAUCAGCGAAGCAAAGCGAUCCUGAUCUUUCAUUUUUAGUUGUGAAGAAUAAUGUGGGAGAAAAGCAUCUUUUUGUAGAUCUAGGAGUUUAUACAAGAAAUAGGAACUUCUGGCUGUAUAAGUCAUCAAAACUAGGAAAGCAUGUGGCUUUGGAGAUUGCUGAAGAUAACAAAUUCUUUCCUAAACAAUCAAAAACGAUUCCUGAAGAAAACCAGUAUUUCCUCUCUUCUUUUGUAUGCAAUGUCAGAUUCUCAGAUACUUUACGAAUUCUAACAUGUGACACACCUCAGAAUAAAAGAAAGCGAAUGAAGCACUUUAAUAGUACCAGCCCUUCAGUAGGAACCAUCGAAGGUUUUCAGUGUUCACCCUACCCUGAAGUCGAUCAGUUUGUUCUUUCCUUGGUGACUAAAAAUGACAUUAAAGGAGGAAUUAGGCGUUGGAGCUACUUUUUCCCAGAACAGUUGUUGGUUUAUGAUAUUUUCAAAUAUCGCUGGUGUGAGAACAUUGGAAGAGCCCACAAGAGUAAUAACAUCAUGAUUCUGGUUGAUCUGAAAAAUGAAGUUUGGUAUCAAAAAUGUCAUGAUCCUAUAUGUAAAGCAGAAAACUUCAAAACUGACUGUUUGCCAUUACCUGCUGAAGUGUGUCUUUUGUUUCUUUUCAAAGAGGAAGAAGAAUUUACAACAGAUGAAACUAGGAACCAUGAAACCACGAGCCCUCAUAAACCAUCCCCAGGUGCAUCCUCUGACCCUGGCUGGGACAAUGGCAUGGAUGAUGCUUGCUUUUUAGAAGCCACUGAAGAUGCUGAAUUAGCAGAGGCUGCAGAGAGCAGUCUUCUGAGUCACAGUAGUGGAGUGGAUGAGAUUCCUGAUGACCUCAUUAUGGAAGUAUUACAAGAGUAGCCAACUGUGGACAUUACAUAAGCAGCUGUAAUCUGCGAGAUUUGUAACAAAAAAUUAUAUUCAGUCUGUCAAAUGUUACUUGGAAAAUAAUGUAAGUAAAUCAAUUUUAUUGGAAAUUAACUGUAGUAUUUAGUCUAUGUUCAUUGUCUUAAUUUUACAGGUUAAAACAUACAUGUUUGGGGCUGAUUCAGAUAGGGUUUCAACAUUUUUAAAUUACUCAAGACAUUAUCCUAAAAGGAUCAUGGCCUCUAAAACUAUUAAUCAGUACUAAAUCCUGGGGACUGGACCCUACUUGUUUUCAGAGGCCGCAGGGGAGUAAGUUGGCACAUUUCAGUACGGCUGUCUCCUCAGUGCUG